UCUGUCUCGGGCGUGAAUGCUGCCGCGGUGACUGGAGACCCGAGCCCAAGACUAAGCCCCAGACCUGACCCCUGCAAUUAACGACCCGGGGGGGGGGGCCCGCUCUGAGCAAAACUUGGACUUUCUGCAAACUUUUCCCCACACAGAGGACCCCCACCCGCCGCCUCCUUAUAUGUUAGCGCCAGACCCCCUGCGGAGGUGAAAAGGUCCAGUGACCCCCGGCGAUGGAGUACCUCAACUUGUGCGUGGUGUUUUCCUGCUGGAUGGCGUGUGCCGACUCCCUGGGGUCCUCCGACACGCCCAAGGCUCCCGUGCCCAUUCCCCACGACAAAAUGCUGGUGGUCACCGUGGCAACAGAAGAAACCGACGGCUUCCUCCGCUUCAUGCAAUCUGCUAACUAUUUUCACUACGCUGUGAAGGUGUUGGGAUUGGGAGAGGCGUGGAAGGGUGGUGACGUUGGACGAUCUAUAGGUGGAGGACAAAAAGUCAGACUACUGAAGGAGGCCAUGGAAGGCUUAGCGGAGCAGGAAGAUCUGGUGGUCCUCUUCGUGGAUAGCUAUGAUCUUAUCUUCGCCGGGGGACCAGAGGAGAUUCUCAGGAAGUUCCAGCAAGCCAACCACAAAGUCAUUUUUGCUGCAGAGGGCUUGGUCUGGCCAGAUAAGAGGCUGGCUGACAAGUAUCCCUCGGUUCGCAGUGGCAAGCGCUACCUCAACUCAGGAGGAAUAAUUGGGUAUGCACCGUACAUAAACCGAAUUGUUUCACAGUGGACCCUUCACGACAACGACGACGACCAGCUCUUCUACACUAAGAUAUUUGUGGACCCUCUACAAAGAGAGUCUCUCAAUAUGACUUUGGACCACAAAUGCCAGAUUUUCCAGAACCUGAAUGGAGCAAUUGACGAAGUACUCUUGAAGUUUGGAACUGACCGCGUGAGAGUUAGGAACAAGGUGUACGACUCUCUGCCAGUGGUCGUUCACGGCAACGGGAACACUAAAAUGUACUUGAACUACUUGGCCAACUACGUACCCAACACCUGGAACUACGAACACGGCUGCAGCCACUGUGACGACCACGUCCUGGACUUGUCUCAGGUGAAAGAGUACCCCAACGUGCUGGUUGGCGUCUUCAUUGAGCAACCAACGCCGUUCCUUCCCGAGUUCUUCCAGCGGCUGAUGACGUUGGACUAUCCCAAAGAUAAACUCAAGGUUUUUGUCCACAACAACGAGGUUUACCACGAGAGGCACAUCCAGAAGUUCUACGAAGCCCAUAAGAACGUGUUCAAGAGUUUCAAGGUGGUUGGACCGGAAGAGAAUCUGAGCCAGGGACAGGCCAGAAACAUGGGCAUGGAUCUCUGCCGCCAGGACUCCACAUGCGACUACUACUUCAGCAUCGACUCAGACGUGAUGCUCACCAACGCGCAGACACUGAAGCUCCUCAUCGAGCAGAACAGGAAGAUAAUCGGCCCCAUGGUCACUCGCCACAGCAAGCUGUGGUCCAACUUCUGGGGAGCUCUGAGUCUGGAUGGUUAUUACGCUCGCUCGGAGGAUUACGUCGACAUCGUGCAGAGAAAACGGGUGGGUUUGUGGAACAUUCCUUACAUGGCGCACAUAUACCUGGUCCAGGGCAGCGCUUUGAGGAAGGAGCUGAAAGAAAGGAACUACUUUGUUCUUGAGAAACUGGACCCCGACAUGGCUCUGUGCAAACACACCAGAGACCUGACCAGUCACAGAGAAAAAGAAUCCCCUUCUCCGGAAUCAUUCCAUAUGCUCAGGCCCCCAAAGGGAAUCUUCAUGUACUUAACAAACCGCCACAACUUUGGAAGGCUCAUUUCCACAGCCAAUUAUAACACCUCUCGUUCGAACGGUGACCUGUGGCAGAUCUUUGAAAACCCUCUGGACUGGAAGGAGAAGUACAUCCACCCCAACUACAUGAAGAUUUUUACUGACAACGACAUCGAAGAGCCUUGCCCAGAUGUGUUUUGGUUCCCGGUCUUCACAGAAAGAGCCUGUGACGAGCUGGUGGAGGAGAUGGAGAACUUUGGCUCGUGGUCGGGGGGCAAACACGAGGACAAGAGGAUAACUGGCGGCUACGAGACGGUGCCCACGGACGACAUCCACAUGAAGCAAAUAGGCUUCGACAAGGAGUGGCUCCACUUCAUCCGAGAGUUCAUCGCGCCCGUCACCCUCAAAGUCUACUCCGGCUACUACACCAAGGGUUACGCCGUCAUGAACUUCGUGGUCAAGUACACGCCCGGGAGGCAGUCGUACCUCAGACCUCACCACGACUCCUCCACCUUCACCAUCAACGUGGCGCUCAACAACAAAAACACCGACUUUCAGGGCGGAGGCUGUCGUUUCCACCGGUACAACUGUUCCGUAGACUCGCCCCGGAAAGGCUGGAGCUUCAUGCACCCCGGACGACUGACCCACCUCCAUGAAGGUCUACCAACCACCAACGGGACGCGCUACAUCGCCGUGUCCUUCAUUGACCCCUAGAACUUUGGACCGAUCUUCAAUUUGUGCCUCCUUUUGUUCAUUUGCAACCAACACAAAAAACCGGAUGACGACCCGCAUGACUUCAUCAGGUCUCCGCGGGAUUUGCAAGGACCCGGUUGGCCACCGAGCGAGGGUUUGAUUGGCUUCUUAUCGGUACAGUUUUUGGCUCUCAUCUUGUAUCCCAAAACCUAUCCUGAGCACAGCUCCAUGUACAGUAGGGAAGGGGUUCCUAUGGCCCCGGUCCAGGGGCGGAUCUCGCAGUUUGCUGAAUAUGAUGGAAAGCGCCACUCUGUGGUCAAAGUUGGAAUUGCCACAAGACACAUUUUAAGAUAUCAGAAUAAUGCCAUCUAGUGGCCGACGUAGAUAGCGCAAUUUUGUCACAUUUCAUGUGUCAGGUAAACUCUGAAAAAAUGGGGCCGUAUGAACCCUCUUCCUACUGUAUAAAGUAAAGCGCUUGCGGGUAUCACUCCAGGUAUAGCACGGCGCUAUAUAAAUAGAGACCAGACCAUGAGUAUCCUGCUAAGAAGUUACCGUUUAAAGGAAUGCAAAUUCCAUAUCUUCAAAGUUUGAGGAGAAAACGAAGAAGAGAUCCUGGGUAACUUCAACUUAGUGUUAGUCUACGUUUGUUUACCCGCAAGCACACGUCCAGGUAAAUCUACUUCCAGGUAAACUCAACAUAUCAAAUUACCAAAAAAUAUAUUUAGUGUCUAGGAGAGGAGAUCCUGGUUAAUCGUAUUUUCCAGACUGUAAGCAGCUACUCUGCCCCCACGCUUUGAACCCCGCGGCUAAUCUAUGGAUUUAUCUUCGCAAACGGCCACAAUGUUUUGUAUCGAACACACAGUUUUCAUAAAACACCCACAGAGACACUGAAAAGGCGUGUUAUUGUUUGUGCUAUGGCGCCGUCAAUUGGGACGAGUUUGACAAUGAACUUCCUGUCUUGGUCCUUGACUCGGAAGUGUAACCAUCAAUAGCGGCACUCCAAACGACGAUUGUAAGUUUUACAAUACAACUAAAACCAUUCUCACUUACUAAACCGUCCCGUGCGCGAUGUCUGUAGGAGUGUUUUCGUGCAUAGCUGUAUGCGCUAUCGGGAUGUAAUCAAGCUAGCAUCGUUAGCAUUAGCAAGUAUGCUAGCACGUUUACGAGUGUCCGUGUUGGCAUUGUCAACUUGCAAUGGCGUUCUUUUUGUUUUGUUUCGGUUUUGUAAAUUCACUGAAGCGUCACUGUGGCGUUAUUGAGUUUAUUUAGCUAUUUAUUUAGCCAUGAUAAUGACUUCUGUUUUGUUUGAUCAUCCGUUUUACUGCCGAAUUACAGACACUGUUUGGAAACAAUUUGGGUAGGAAAUAAAUAUUUACAAAAUCUUUCGUACCGGUAUAAAUCUGCAACUAAUAAAUGUAUGUAGAAAUAUUUAUUCAUACUAAAAUUUGGUGGGUGUGGCUUAAAUAUCGGUGCUUUUUAUAGCCUGGAAAAUACGGUAAUUCCGUUUAAAAUCGUAGUAGAGUCCUCCUCUGUCUUCUUCUGUUUGUUUCCACAUACAUUGGGGUAAACUAGGCGAAUCAAAAAUUAAAUAAAAUGUUUUAAAUUUGAUUUAAUCAAUAUUUGUAUUAUAAGAAAGACAUUGAUUGUGUUAUGUUUGUUUUACGCAAACAAAGACAAAACAUAUGAACAAAACAGGUUGUGUUGUUUGUGUUGGUUUCAAAUGCAAUAAUCGAAUGGUUCACGGAUUGUUUCACCCUUUUAUUGUUAAAUUUGUUGUUGAUUAUAAUUUUUUAAAGCAAUUGCUUUAAAAAGACGGGUAACGACAUCAAGUCAGUCUCUGUCAAACAGAGUGUUGGCUGGAAAACUUGUUCACACUGCAGCUCAAUUCCGGGUGUUUUUUUUCGUUGCCCAAAUUUGACAUGGAUCUGUGUUUCUUGAAGUCAACGCUAUUGUCUUACAGUAGAAGGCUACGGUAGCUACACAACAGAUUGAGUUAACAUAUAGUUCACAACAGUACCGUUUCAUUUUGUUUUAAAUUUUUAAAAUGUUAUUUUAUUUAAAAAUCCGACCCAGGCCUUUUUGGCACGUGGCUAUGAAUCCGAUAUGUGUUUGAUGUGACUGCAGUCUGAAUGUUCAGGUGGCUUCUAAAUAACCUGUACGUCAUGGAAAGGUGACAAACGUCAAGCUCCUUCGCCAAAGCUGAAAGGAAAUGGUGGACGAAGAAUCAGGAAACAGUCAGUGGUGAAAAGUUUUAGAAGUGACUGAAAUAUCGGAGGAUUUACGUGUAUGUUCCCCCGCAGCCACACACAUUAAAUUCUUAGAAGACGAUUAUAAAUGUUGAGUCUGGUUGCACAAACUCCUUGAAAUCAUCCAAUCAAAAGUAUUUCUUUGGAAAAUCAUCCUUUAUGUUGGGUGGCGCUGACCCCGAAAGGGACAAGCGGUAGGAAAUGGAUGGAUGGAUGGCUGUUCUCUUACAUUGAAAGGCUAAGCUAGCUACACAACAAAUUGAGCUAACAUUGCUAAUUCACACAUUUUUAACUGUUAUUACUUACCGCUUCAUUGUCUCCUCCAUUGUCAUAAAUAAGCACCGAACCGCCGUUGAAAUGAAUUUUUCGGAAAAUCGUUCUUUAUUUUGCCGAAGGACAGCGGCGCUAUUGUCUUACAGUAGAAGGCUACGGUAGCUACACAACAGAUUGAGUUAACAUCGUUCACUAAUUUCUAACUUGCUGUUAUUACUUAUCGUUUCAUUGGCGCCUUCAUUGCCAUACAAAGUAGGCAUCGAGUCUGCCAUUAGAAGUACUUUAUAAGAAAGUAUUUUUUGAUAUUGCCAAAGGACGGUGACUGUUCUCUUACAUUGAAAGACUGAGCUAGGUUCAUUUUCUCCUCCAUUGCCAUAAAUAAGCACCGAACCGCCGUUAAAAUUAAUUUUUUGGAAAAUCCUUCUUUAUUUUGUGGAAGGACAGCGACACUAUUGUCUUCCAGUAGAAGGCUACGGUAGCUACACAACAGAUUGAGUAAACAUACCGUUCACAAAUUUCUACCUUGCUGUUAUUACUUAUGGUUUCUUUGCCAUAAAAAGUAGGCAUCGAGUCUGCCAUUAGAAGUAUUUUAUUAGAAAGUCCAAUUUUUUAUAUUGCCAAAGGACGGUGACUGUGUUCUCUUACAUUGAAAGGCUGAGCUAGCUUCAGUGUCUCCUCCAUUGUCCUAAAUAAGCACCAAACCGCCGUUGAAAUUAAUUUUUCGGAAAAUCGUUCUUUAUUUUGCCGAAAGACAGCGACGCUAUUGUCUUACAGUAGAAGGCUACGGUAGCUACACAACAGAUUGAGCUAACAUAUCGUUCACAAAUUUCUAACUUGCUGUUAUUACUUAUCGUUUCAUUGCCGAGCUUCAUUGCUAUAAAAGCAGGCAUCGAGUCUGCUAUUACAAGUAUUUUAUUAGAAAGUAAUUUUUUAUAUUGCCAAAGGACGGUGACUGUGUUCUCUUACAUUGAAAGGCUGAGCUAGCGUCAUUGUCUCCUGCAUUGCCAUAAAUAAGCACUGAACCGCCGUUGAAAUUAAUUUUUCGGAAAAUCGUUCUUUAUUUUGCCGAAAGACAGCGACGCUAUUGUCUUACAGUAGAAGGCUACGGUAGCUACACAACAGAUUGAGUUAACAUACCGUUCACAAAUUUCUAACUCACUGUUAUUACUUAUCGUUUUAUUAGCGAACUUCAUUGCUAUAAAAGCAGGCAUCGAGUCUGCUAUUACAAGUAUUUUAUUAUAAAGUAAUUUUUUAUAUUGCCAAAGGACGGUGACUGUGUUCUCUUACAUUGAAAGGCUGAGCUAGCUUGUCUUACAGUAGAAGGCUACGGUAGCUACACAACAGAUUGAGUUAAAAUACCGUUCACAAAUUUCUAACUUGCUGUUAUUACUUAACGUUUCAUUGCCAUAAAAAGUAGGCAUCAAAUCUGCCAUUAGAUGUAUUUUAUUAGAAAUGAAUUUGUUAUAUUGCCAAAGGACGGUGACUGUGUUCUCUUACAUUGAAAGGCUGAGCUAGCUUCAUUUUCUCCUCCAUUGUCAUAAAUAAGCACCGAACCGCCAUUAAAAUGAAUUUUUCGGAAAAUCGUUCUUUUUUUUGCCGAAGGACAGCAACGCUAUUGUCUUACAGUAGAAGGCUACGGUAGCUACACAACAGAUUGAGCUAACAUAUCGUUCACAAAUUUCUAACUUGCUGUUAUUACUUAUCGUUUUAUUGGCGAACUUCAUUGCUAUAAAAGUAGGCAUCGAGUCUGCCAUUAGAAGUAUUUUAUUAGAAAGUCCAAUUUUUUAUAUUGCCAAAGGACGGUGACUCUGUUCUCUUACAUUGAAAGGCUGAGCUAGCUUCAUUGUCUCCUCCAUUGCCAUUAAUAAGCACCGAACCGCCGUUGAAAUUAAUUUUUCGGAAAAUCUUUCUUUAUUUUGCUGAAGGACAGCGACGCUAUUGUCUUCCAGUAGAAGGCUACGGUAGCUACACAACAGAUUGAGUUAACAUACCGUUCAAAAAUUUCUAACUUGCUGUUAUUACUUAUCGUUUCAUUGGCGAACUUCAUUGCUAUAAAAGCAGUCAUCGAGUCUGCCAUUAGAAGUAUUUUAUUAGAAAGUAUUUUUUUAUAUUGCCAAAGGACGGUGACUGUUCUCUUACAUUGAAAGGCUGAGCUAGCUUCAUUGUCUCCUCCAUUGCCAUUAAUAAGCACCGAACCGCCGUUAAAAUGAAUUUUUCGGAAAACCGUUCUUUAUUUUGCCGAAGGACAGUGACGCGAUUGUCUUACAGUAGAAGGCUACGGUAGCUACACAACAGAUUGAGUUAACAUAUUGUUCACAAAUUUCUAACUGGCUGUUAUUACUUAUGGUUUCAUUGCCAUAAAAAGUAGGCAUCGAGUCUGCCAUUAGAAGUAUUUUAUUAGAAAGUCCAAUUUUUUGAUAUUGCCAAAAGACGGUGACUAUGUUCUCUUACAUUGAAAGGCUGAGCUAGCUUCAUUGUCUCUUCCAUUGCCAUUAAUAAGCACCGAACCGCCGUUAAAAUGAAUUUUUCGGAAAACCGUUCUUUAUUUUGCCGAAGGACAGUGACGCGAUUGUCUUACAGUAGAAGGCUACGGUAGCUACACAACAGAUUGAGUUAACAUAUUGUUCACAAAUUUCUAACUUGCUGUUAUUACUUAUCGUUUCAUUGGCAUCACACUGCAGUGUGAACACAACCCAAUUGUCACUUCAGGUACACCAAAAAAGAAACAUAUCAUGCUAGCAGGGUAAAAAGAGGGGUCAACUCCCGUUUGAUUUUCGGACUAAAAACAAGAAGUUUGCAGGUUUCUCCCACGCUGUUAGCAACUAACCAUUACCAUGCUAGCAUGCUGGAUUUCCCUUAGUGUUUUCAACGUGCUAACAGUCGAAGUGUCACUGACUGGACGGGAUUUGUGUGAAACAAGUUCAUAGAAAGUGUUUCAAAUGGUGCUAAUUAACAUUCACUACUAGUCAGUCAAGUUGUUUUGUAAACCUUUAGUUGGAUUUGAAAGAAAAACAAAACUUGUUUUUGAAGCAAAAAUGCUCAGCAGAUGUUUAAAUGAAGUCUGUUACUUGAAGGCUUUUUUGUCUCCGCCUCAGAAAACUGGCAUUCUAUUCCGAAACUAAACUCCAGUAAGUCGUGUGUAAAUUGAUAGCUUUUAUAAUUUAUUUGCCAAAAUGUAAUAAAACUCUUUA